AGCCGCGGUUCGCACUGGACCCGUCUCAGAGAGCAGCCGCGUCACACCACUGCACAGAUGCGCGCGUCGGCCGCAGUCCUCUCGGGCAUCGCCCUGGUACUCGUCCUCGGCUCUGCCGACGCCAAGAAGCUGCAGCGCUGCGAGAUCGUCAGCGCGCUCAAACGUCACGGCAUUACCAGCGACCUCAGGAACUGGGUAUGCCUGGUGGAGUCCGAGAGCGGUGGCAGAACGGACAAGAGGGGCCCUCGCAACAAGAAUGGGAGCUACGACUACGGCUUGUUCCAGAUCAACAGCAAGUACUGGUGUGGCAUCGGCAAAGUGGCAGGUGACUGCCGUCUCAAAUGUGAAGAUCUGCUGAACAAUGACCUGUCGGACGACGUGCGGUGCGCCAAGAAGAUCUUCCAGCGACACGGCUUCCGCGGUUGGUACGGCUGGAGGAACAAGUGCGACGGCAAGUCGCUGCCGAACAUCUCCAGCUGCUGAUUCCACCCUGCACUGCGUGCCAAACACGCCUUCCUACUUGCUCUUUAUUUUUCAGAAUAUAUCUGAAAUACUGCAGUGCUGUGUCCAAGACCCGACACUUCAGUGUUUUCUCCACACACACUGCUAGCUGCCAAAUAUAUGUUGUGUUGUCUGUACCAAACAUUACUCGCCAAAUAAAUCAUUUCAUUAAUA